CUCUGCAUAUUUCCUAUGAAACUCUUCCAAUGUUUUAUUUCCCUUCAGGUCUUCCUUCCUACUGAUGACUCGGGCGUUUGGACCCUGGCUAAAAUGUGGUAUAACCUGGCGGAUUCCAGCUACCAUCAAUCUGUUGUGCACCUAGGUUUAACUCGUUUACUGAUGCAAAUGGUUGUCCUUGCCCUACACAGAAACAUAUCUGUGUCGCAUCCAGUCUACAAGAUUUUGGCACCUCACACACUUUACCUUUUGGCCAUCAACGAUUUUGCAUUUGAAAAACUAGUAUCGACUGAAGGUUUGGUCGAUAAAGUAAUGGCGAUUGGACGAGAUGGAAUGUACGAACUUAUCCAUAACAGUUCACACGAAUGGAACUUUUCAAGUGACGGACAUCCAGCUACUGAUUUUGAAAACCGAAAAGUUGACGACCCGAAAGUUUUACCCAAAUACUAUUUCAGAGAUGAUUCGCUUGUAUUGUACAACGCAAUACAUAAGUAUGUCUCAAGCUACAUAGAUAUCUACUAUGCUGAUGAAAACGAUGUAAAUAAUGACUGGGAGAUACAAAACUGGAUCGAAAGUUUAGCCGUAGGACACGAGAAUGGAGGUUUAGAGGGUUUACCAAUGAAAGAUGGCAAAGGUCACGUGUCUUCAAAGGAAGAAUUAAAAGAGAUUCUAGCCAUAAUUAUCUUCACCUGUAGCGUGACACAUGCCGCUGUCAAUUUCCUGCAGUAUGAAGAAUAUGGUUUCCCUGCAAAUUAUCCAGCGACACUAAACACACCAUUGUUAAAAGACAAAGAUCCUAAAACGGAGAGCGAUAUCAUUGCUGCUCUCCCUAAUAAAGAAGAAACUUUCAACAUGGUGACACUCACACGCAUACUCAGUGAAAGAGCAACUAAGUCGUUGGGUAAUUUUGAAACACAGUAUAUCUACGACCCGAAAGCAGUUGGCUGUGUCAAAUGUUUCCAGUCAGAUUUGAAAAGAAUUAGUGACGAAAUUAGAAGAAGAAACAAGACCUUAGAGAAACCUUACGAAGUCUUGGACCCUGUCAACAUUCCUAAUGCUAUCAGCAUUUAAAUGUAUGUGUGCAUGUGUGUGUGUAUACAUAGUAUAUUAUACUAUAUCUUUAUAUAUAAAAGAGAGGUUGUGUGUCUGUCUCCUAC